CUGCUUUUGAAAGGGGAAAAACCGAAAUGUCCAGCAUGUGAAAAUGAAUACCUUUCCCCCAAAGUUCCUGAAACUGUGGUUAACUGUGAGAACUGGCUGAGUUGCAGAUUCGCCAGAGAUAUGUUCUUGGAGACACAGCAAUGCAGAAGAUGGCUCAGUCCCAUGUGUUCCUGAGUGGUAUAGGUGGUCUUGGUGUGGAGAUCGCCAAAAAUAUAAUUCUAGCUGGGGUAAAGGCUCUUACAGUUCACGACACCAAGCAGUGUACGAAAUGGGAUUUAGGGAUCAACUUCUUCAUCCGUGAAGAUGAUAUUACCAGUCAAAAGAACAGGGCUGAGGCCACACUUCAUCAUAUUGCAGAACUCAAUCCAUAUGUCCAUGUCGCAGCAUCAACUGUGCCACUGGAUGAAACCACAGAUCUUUCUUUCCUAAAGCAAUACCAGUGUGUCAUUUUGACUGAAGUAAGCCUGUUGCUGCAGAAGAAGAUUAAUGACUUUUGUCAUGCUCAGCAGCCACCUAUUAAGUUCAUCAGUGCAGAUGUCUAUGGAAUAUGUUCACGUUUGUUUUGUGAUUUUGGUGAUGAAUUUGAAGUGCUGGAUACAACAGGAGAGGAGCCAAAGGAAAUCUUCAUUUCAAACAUCACACAAUCAAAUCCUGGUAUUGUCACUUGCCUUGAGAAUCAUCCACACAGGCUUGAAACAGGACAGUUUUUAACUUUUCGGGAAGUUAAUGGAAUGUCAUGCUUAAAUGGAUCCACCCACCAAAUAACAGUGGUGUCACCUUAUUCCUUCAGCAUUGGGGAUACUACAGAUAUGGAGCCUUACUUACACGGAGGCAUAGCUGUCCAAGUGAAGACACCCAAGAUGUUUUACUUCGAACGGUUAGAGAAGCAGCUAACAAAUCCAGUAUGCCUUGUUGCAGAUUUUAGCAAGCCUGAGGCCCCUCUGCAAACCCACGUUGCCAUGCUUGCCUUGAAUCAGUUCCAGGAGAGCUUUGGUCGCAUGCCAAACAUUGGAUGCCCUCAGGAUGCUGAGGAAAUGCUGAAAAUAGCUGUGUCUAUCAGUGAAACACUGGAAAACAGGCCGCAUGUGAAUGGAGAUGUAGUGAAAUGGCUCUCUAGGACUGCUCAGGGAUUUCUAGCUCCUCUGGCUGCAGCAGUGGGUGGUGUUGCUAGCCAGGAAGUCUUGAAGGCAGUAACAGGAAAAUUUUCUCCAUUGCAACAAUGGCUAUAUAUAGAUAUGUUAGACAUUGUUACACUGCUAGAAAAGACAAGCUGUGAAGAAUUCCUCCCACGGGGAGAUAGGUAUGAUGCCUUGAGGGCUUGUAUUGGAGACUCUCUGUGCCAGAAGCUGCGUGAUUUGAAUGUUUUCUUGGUUGGCUGUGGAGCAAUAGGCUGUGAAAUGUUAAAAAACUUUGCGCUUCUCGGUGUUGGUACGGGGCAAGACAAAGGACUGGUUACAAUUACAGAUCCAGACUUGAUAGAGAAAUCCAACCUCAACAGGCAGUUUCUUUUUCGACCUCAUCACAUACAGAAACCUAAAAGCUAUACUGCAGCGGAAGCAACUCUGAACAUCAAUCCUCACUUAAAGAUUGACUCAUACAUUAAUAAAGUUUGUCCAGCCACUGAGAACAUUUACGGCGAUGAAUUCUAUACCAAGCAAGAUGUGAUUGUGACUGCUUUGGACAAUGUUGAAGCAAGGAGAUACAUUGAUAGUCGUUGUGUAGCGAACCUGCGUCCCCUUAUAGACUCUGGAACUAUGGGAACUAAAGGACACACAGAAGUUAUUGUGCCUCAUCUGACAGAGUCCUAUAACAGUCAUCGGGAUCCACCAGAAGAAGAAAUACCUUUUUGCACCUUGAAGUCUUUCCCAGCUGCCAUUGAGCAUACGAUACAGUGGGCAAGGGAUAAGUUUGAAAGUGCAUUUUCUCACAAGCCUUCGUUGUUUAACAAAUUUUGGCAAACCUAUCUGUCUGCAGAAGAAGUUUUACAGAGAAUAAAAUCAGGAGAGAGUUUAGAAGGCUGUUUUCACGUUAUUAAAACACUCAGUAGGAGACCCCGAAAUUGGACUCAGUGUGUGGAACUAGCAAGAGUAAAAUUUGAGAAAUAUUUUAGCCAUAAGGCUCUUCAACUCCUUCAUUCAUUUCCCCUUGAUACACGAUUAAAAGAUGGAAGUUUGUUCUGGCAGUCACCAAAGAGACCACCUUUUCCAGUGAAGUUUGAAUUUAGUGAUCCUUUGCACUAUGCUUUCAUUGUGAGUGCAGCAAAACUCUUUGCAACAGUGUACUGUGUUCCUUUCACGGAAAAGGAUUUGUCAGAAGAAGUUAUUUUGAAAAUAAUUUCCGCUGUAAAGGUACCGGAGUUCAGACCUUCAAACAAAGCUGUACAGACAGAUGAAACUGCAAGGAAACCGGAUCAUAUUCCGGUCAGCAGUGAAGAUGAAAGAAAUGCUAUUUUCCAGCUGGAGAAGUCUAUACUAUCCAAUGAAGCCCUGGAAAAUGACUUGCAAAUGAAGCCCAUCUCCUUCGAAAAAGAUGAUGAUAGUAAUGGGCAUAUAGAUUUCAUAACAGCCGCAUCAAACUUGCGAGCCAAGAUGUACAACAUUGAACUGGCAGAUCGGUUCAAAACAAAGCGCAUUGCUGGAAAGAUCAUUCCUGCAAUCGCAACAGCUACUGCUGCGGUAUCAGGGCUGGUAGCACUGGAACUCAUCAAAGUUGUGGGUAGCUAUCCAGCUGAUGUGUACAAGAACUGUUUUCUGAACUUAGCCAUUCCGAUAAUAGUCUUCACAGAAACUGCUGAAGUAAGAAGAACUGAAAUAAGAAAUGGGAUAUCAUUUACAAUCUGGGACAGGUGGACAAUUUAUGGGAAAGAGGAUUUUACUCUCUUGGACUUCAUAAAUGCUGUCAGAGAGAAAUAUGGAAUUGAACCAACUAUGGUUGUACAGGGAGUCAAAAUGCUGUAUGUUCCUGUGAUGCCUGGUCAUAUUAAAAGAUUAAAGCUGACGAUGCAAAAGCUUGUGAAACCAUCAGCUGACAAAAAGUAUGUGGAUUUGACAGUAUCAUUUGCUCCAGAGACUGAUGGAGAUGAAGACUUGCCAGGGCCACCAGUGAGAUACUACUUUGUUCAGGAAGACAAUUGAUGGUAGAGAUGCAAAAGUCACUCCAGGACCAUUUGUUUUGAAGGGAGUGUGCUAAUUUUCAGCUAUUAAAGAUGGUACUAUAUGUUUCUUUUUGGUGAAGCCUUAAUUAAAACAAACGGUGAAAAUCAGUGGCUUACACUGAAGACAAACUGGAUUUAUGUUUCAUCUGCUCCUGUUUUCUUCAGACCUGUUUUCUCCAAAAGGAGGAUUGGUCACUCCGUGAAAUGGAACAUCCAGUACAGUCCUUAUGAUAAAGACAAGAUUUAUGUUAAUUUGUGGGGAGCUGAAGAAAGUAAGAACAACAGUGAACCUAACAAGUUAUCCCUGUGUGCAAGUUAAGUGUUGCUUAGAGAAGAGUGCAAAAAUUGGGGAAACUGCUGUUUUAUGAUAUUCCUGGUGUUCUGAGAACAUCUCAAAUUCAUUUCCUAUGUUAUUUCUUUCUAAAACUAGAAUUGCAGCCUUGCCAUCUACACAUGAGGGAUAAUCCAUCCAUAUGUCUAAAAUCCCACAUAAAAGCAGGUGAACUGCUUCGUUAUGUCGGCGCUUUCUUCUGCACUCUUAGUAAUGCUGUAUCUUAGAGCAGCUAUUUUAUGUCAGUCUUAACAUGGAAACAUACAGAGGCAAGUCUCCAGCAGGUGUAAAUUCUCAUAGCUCCCCUGAGGCCAAGAGAGCUGGAGUUGUUCGUUAUCGACACUUAAGACUUUUUUGGAGAAUACUGCAAUAGGGGAAAGUGGACCCUUAGUGGAGAGCUGAGCCAAUACUUUCACGAUAAAACUUUUGUCUCCCAAGAAAGAGAAAACGUUUGGUGUGGUCAAGCCUUUCUGCCCUCACCAAAUGAAAAGCACUGUAGUGAGAGAUGACUUUGAAAGGAGGAAGGGCAAAUGGCCCUGCAGGUUUGUCACUUUCCUCAGCUGCUCCAUUUGGUACUGCUUCCUUAUAAUGAAUGCUUCUGCUGUACGCCUGUCCACAGUGCAAGUCUGAGUUACACUGAACACUUUUUGUCAUCUUCAAUCAGUUGCUUGGAUAUCUAAGUUUGAAGAAUCUAUUUAAUUGGAAAUAAUUAAGGACCAGCUUUGCUGCUGUGGUGAGGAAGAGGUGCAGCACAGAAGCAUCUGUGACAACAUCUGAUUUUUUUCGCUAUCAGUUAAACACUGGAUAGUUGAGCUGAUAGUUCUUUUCUUUUUUUUUUCCUGAUGAUGAUAGAGUGAAAUGAGGUUGGAAUAAAAACCUACUGAACUGGAAAAGCUUUUAAUUUACUUAAGCUUUGGAAAUAGUGACUGCACAGUAUUUUCAUGCAGCUGUUGCAAAAGCUAUUGACUACUUAGAAUUAUUUAUCCUUGAUUAUAAUUUAUUGAGGUUUAGGGAUAUCUUUACAUUUAACUAACAUUAUUGAUCAGUAUUUCCACCCUCCCUUCCUUUUUUCCUUUUCAGUUCGUUGUAGCCAGGAACAAAAGCUAUUAGGCUGGGCACUUGGACACUAAGAUGUAUGGAACUGAAAAGCUGCUAUCAACACAAUUAUUCCAAUAUUUGGGACUUAGUCUUAUGUGCAGUAUAUCUUCUGGAAGAUGUAUAUAGUUUUACAGUCAGUAUAGUUUAUAGAUAUAAUUUUAUAGAAUAAUAAUACUGCUUUGUAAACUAUUUAACUUAUUUAAUUUUUUUAACAACUUAUUUAGAGAAACUUUUUGAAACGGGAGGAAAAGAUGACUACCUUUAGAGUGCAGAGAGGGUGCCAGCAGAAGCAGUAACUGAAGAAUAUUUCCCUGUGGCAGUAUUAAAAUCUAAAUUCUAACUGAAAUCGCUCCUUGGUGAUAACGAUCACUUAAUAAGUAUUUAGGGCAAAUCAAAAGCACUGUCACCUGUCAAAAUUAGAGGCUAGGAAACUUUGAGCAAGUACACUCUGAUACAUUACUGUGAUGUUAACAUCAUGCUUAUACUUUUAAAGUAAGUAGCAUAUAAAAAUAGUAUGAGCCCCUGUACUUUGCUGGAACGUCAUCUGAUGGCCCUCAGGGUUUAAAGUAAGUUUUCAGAUCUAAUUAAUGGAAUGGUGUUAUUAAUGACAGCACAUACAGCUUUGUGAGACCUUGCCAAAAAUUCCAGAUGGAGCUUGGCAGGUAUCAGGGCCAGAAUUAACAGAUAUAGCUGUACCUCUAUAUUGCUCUUAUUGUGCCCAUUUGUUGGAUGGAUGUUUGUUCUAUGGAUGGCUUCUGCUCAGUUAAACAAACGAUGGUAGAAAAUGUGAAAAUUCACAAUGGCUUUCUAUAUUCGUUAACAGACCUUUAAAAUUUUCUGAAUGUAGGUUUACCUAGGUAAAACUUUACAAGUAACCAAAAGAGGGCUUUAUAUGGAAGAACUGUACAUGUUGAGCAGCUGAUUAAAAUUGUUUUUCAUGUUUCAGAAUUUUCUGAAUUGCUGAUGUAAGGGGUGAACAUUCUCAUGUUAGAGGUUGUGCAGAGUGGAGCGAGCUGAUUCAGUGGGACUUUGUUUGAUAUAGCCAGUUUCUCAGUCUGGUAAGCAGCAGCACUA